AUGGACCGUUUUGGUGCGGCCAAUGGGCGACCUAAUAUCUUCUCAAGCAACGCGCCGUUCCCCGUGCUGUCGGACAAGUCCACCUCGUCAACCACGCCAUUUGCCCACGACGACCGCCUCGGCUCCUUCACUUCCUCUUCCACCUCGUUUUGCGAUGGCAACAACGCGUCGCUUCGCGGCUCCCUCCCCGGCGCGUCCGCUGACAUCCCGGCGCUUCCCUCCGUGCAGCAGCCGUCCGGCGACACGAGGAAAGAAAAAGCGACGCAGAAAACGAGCCAGUCGUCCAGCCAUUUCCCUGCCGCAGUGGCGGAGCGAAGCGGCAGCCGAGGAACGCGCAAUAGCGACGAUGACGGCGGCGGUGGCGGAGACGGCGGUGGCAGCGGGCGGCACCAAGACCCGGCAGAAGGCGCGGCGUCGUGUCAGUGCGUGCCCAUCGCGCCCAAGAGCCAGCUUUGCUGCGGCGGCAUGUUCAUUCUCCCGUUCUACUUACCGCAGGAAUGGCGCGAGCCGCUGGCCAAGGCCGCCGAGGCCCUCAAGCAUCCCAUCGCCAUAGCGACCCUCGUUAUGAUCGGUAUGCUGACCGUUUCCGGCGCUCUGCUCUUCUUCACGCUCACGGGCAUGUGGAGGGCUUUAGGCGGGACAGAGGAGAAGCUGUGGUUCGAGUUUUCGAAUCAGAUUCUCAACGGCGUUUGCACGGUUAGCUGCCUGGUUAUGCACCCGCUCCGGUGUUACUACGUCGUGCAGUUGGUUCGCUGGAACCGCAUCGACGUCGCGAGCCUUCGCGCGCUGCUGUCGGCGGCGGGCGCGUUCGUCGCGAAGCCGGACGAGCGAUUCCACAUGUCGGUCGUGCUGACGCUGCUUCAACUCAACUGCAUCUUCCAGUACGCGAUAGAGGUCAUUCUCUGGACGAUUCCUGAACCGCAGCGCCCCGUACCCCUUAUUGCGUUCCUCGUUUGUAUCGCUCUGGGUUCGCCGUUCACAGCGGGUUUGUACUGCAUUUUCAGCCCUCUAGGCUGGGCCACGGCUGACCCUCCCGUUCGUAGAAGUUUCAGAAGCUUUGGGAAGAGUAGCACAGGGUCGCAUAAGUCCGUGAGCGAGUCGCACAGUGUCGCAGGCGAGUCGCAAGGAGCAAAAGCGACGCCGUGCGCGCUGUGCGACGGAGUGAUAGCAGGCGAGGGAAAGGCGGAGGUGGUAGUGGUGGUGGCGGACGGACAGGCGCACGGUGAAACGGGGAAGCAAAGCGGGGAGGAGCAGCAGUGCGCGGAAGCGGAGGAGCCGUCGCUGGCGGAAGGCGGAAAGCCGCCCGCGCCGAGGCGGUUUGGGGAAUACGAGGAGUUACUGGCGGGGGAGGGGCAUCGGACGCUGAAGGAUCCGAAGCAAUGGCGGAUUCCAGUGUGGCAGCCAGAAGGGGAGAGAUCAGACGAUGAAAAAUUGCAACAGGAGGGGCCGCAAUGGCAGGGGACUGUGUUUGACUGCUGUGCUGGCGGAUGGAGGAGUGCAGUCAGCUCUACAGUCUGCUGUUUCUGUGUGCACGGACGGCACGUGGAGCGAGCUGGGUUCGGCAACAGGAUUGUCUUCACUGCGACGUUCAUAUUCUUUAUCUUUGGACCUAUUGUGAUAUUCACGAUGGGUGCGCGCAACACUCCAAACACCACCAUGCAGUGGUUUGUGUUCAGCCUGGGCGUGCUAGGGAGCUUUCUCGGGGUGACGUAUGGCGGGUACUGGCGGUGGAAGGUGCGGCGGACGUUCUUGCUGCAGGAGCAGGUGUGGUGCUGCGGGCACAAGGCAGCGACGGACUUUGCGUCGUGGUACGUGCUGCCGUGCUGCUCGCUGUGCCAAGAGGUGCGCACCGUGCGGCACUACCGCUUCCACAUGCUCCCUCACCUGCCCGAUGAGACCCCGGGUGAGGAGCAAGGGGCGGGGCAGGGGAAGGCGGUGAAAGGGGAUGGGGAGACUCUUGAGUAUCGGUGUCGUGGUUGCGGUGAAAUGAAGGGUGUGGAAGGAGGUGGUGGGAAGGCAGCCAUGCAAGCGCCGGCUGGUCCUGGGAGCAGGGCCACUGUACAAACCUGCUCUCGGGCGAGACCAUCGAUGGGGUGGUGGGCUGCUAAGGAAACGCGCCGCGGCGUCAUGGUGGCGGCGAGAGCGGCGCUGGUGGCGCUGGUGGUGGCGCGCUGCUGCAUGCCCCUCGCACGCGCUGCUCCCGUGGUGGACGCCGAGAUGGAAGCUUUGACGAAUCUAGCACAUGAAUGGGACGAUGUGCGGGAUGCAAGCACAUGGAUGAAGGGCAGAGAUUGCGACAGCAUGGAUCACGUGAAGUGUGAUGGCGAUGGGCGUGUAAUUGCACUCACCUUCAAAGCGUGGGCCCUCAACGGCUCCCUGCCCACUGCUCUGCUCGCAUUGUCCCAUCUCAAGGAUCUUUCCACUCUCUCAUGCACCUCCCUCCCUCUUCUCUCUGUCACGCGCCGUCACACUACCACCUGCAUGUGCAUGCCCAACUGCAUGCCCAACUGCACGCCCAACUGCUCCGCCUGUUUGCCAUCACCCGCCCUCUUUUGUUUUCCCAAUCUACCUGCACCCCCCUUCUCCGGCACAUCAAAUCCACUCCACUUCUUCCGUUUUUCCCCUCUUCCCCUCUUUCUCACCUCCCUGCCCGCUCCCCUCGUUUCCUUCUCCUAUUCGUGCCUGCCAUGGCCCCCACCCCACCAUGCAACAGCGCAGCCCAUCGCAUUGAUCUCAAAGGGCUCAGCAAUCUUCAGCAGCUCACUCGCCUGUGAGAGUUUGUCGAACAACUAUCUACUGACCUCACAACUAGACGGUCUCUCCCAGCUGCAAAAGCUGCAGUCUUUGAGUUUGGAGGGGAACUACCGACUGGAGUCGCUACCAGUCGGGCUCUCCCAGCUGCAGAAGCUGCAGUCUCUGCACUUGACGAAUCAUCAUCUGUCUGGGGAGCUGCCUGCGUGGAUCUUCAGCCUCACAGACUUGACUUCACU